UUUUCCCUGCACAAACAACAUUGUACCUUAGGACACCUAAGUAAUUAAUUCUUUGUUCAGGACAUUCCCUGUCCGAAAGGUACAACACGUCGAAGCAUAAUUUCAGACAGCAAAGAAGGAAAUAUUAAAAUAGCAGCAAACAAAACGGGUAUAAAAUCAUGUCUCAGAUCUCACAUUUUCAACGAAAUUUAUUUCCCUUCCUUUCCUUUCCAACCAUGUGAUUUCCUUCAUUCGAUUCCUUUCUCCUUUAUCUGAAAAGCCUGUCGUGGAUUCCUCCCCAUUUCCUUCCUUUUCCUUUUCCCUUCCUAUUUUUUCUCGCCUUUAUUUGAUUUUUAGAUCUAGUCUUAGAUUUUCUUGUCCCUGAAAACCCUUUCAUUUUCCGGGAAAAUCUUUUCCUUUGCUGUUCUUUUCAUUGUCUUCACCAAUUUCUCUGUUUGUUUUUCACUUUUUACGUAAUUCCUUUGUAAUUAUCGUGUCUGUUAGAUCUUUGCUCUCCUUAGGGUUUCGUUUCCGCUCAGUUUUUACUUAAAAAGUUUAAAGAUUAAACUCAAAUUCUAGGGUUUCCUUUUUUAAUUUUCGGCCAUUAUAUGGAAAAGGAUAAAUCUCCAGGCUUACCUCCACCGUCCGGUCGAUUUUCGGGAUUUUCAUCCACCGGAAAUGCUCCAAACAGUUUCAACGUGAAACCCGACACGGGUAGUUUGGGUCAAACUUCGGAUUCGAAUAUUUUUAGUCAUGAUAUUAGCAAAAUGCCUGAUAAUCCACCGAAGAACUUAGGUCACCGCCGUGCCCAUUCCGAAAUCCUUACUCUUCCUGAUGAUAUUAGUUUCGAUAGUGAUCUCGGGAUUGUGGGGCCAGCCGAUGGGCCUUCGUAUUCGGACGAAACAGAGGAAGAUUUAUUGUCUAUGUAUCUUGAUAUGGAUAAGUUCAAUUCUUCCUCUGCCACCUCAACAUUUCAGGUUGGUGAGUCGUCAGCACCGGCGGUUCACGCUGCUGCUCCCCUGGCUGUGGGAGCGGGGACGGGGAUGUUGGGUGGGGAAAAUGUGAGUAUUGGUGUUGUAUCUUCUGAGAAGCCUAGAGUUAGACACCAACAUAGCCAGUCGAUGGAUGGAUCGACGAGUAUUAAGCCGGAAAUGCUUAUGUCUGGUUCGGAAGAAGUUUCACCUGCUGAUUCUAAGAAAGCUAUGUCCACUGCUAAGCUUGCUGAGCUUGCUCUUAUUGAUCCCAAGCGUGCUAAGAGGAUCUGGGCAAACAGGCAGUCUGCUGCAAGGUCAAAGGAAAGAAAGAUGCGAUACAUAGCUGAGCUUGAAAGGAAAGUACAGACACUGCAAACAGAAGCAACAUCACUUUCUGCCCAGCUGACUCUAUUACAGAGAGACACAAAUGGUCUGACUGCUGAAAAUAGUGAGUUGAAACUGCGCUUGCAAACAAUGGAACAACAGGUUCACUUGCAAGACGCAUUAAAUGAUGCACUGAAAGAGGAAAUCCAGCAUUUGAAGGUGCUGACUGGCCAAUCUAUGCCAAAUGGUGGACCAAUGAUGAACUUUGCGUCAUUUGGAACUAGUCAGCAGUACUACCCAAAUAAUCAUGCUAUUCAUACUCUUCUAACAGCACAGCAGCUCCAGCAACUUCAGAUUCACUCCCAGAAGCAUCAGCAUCAGUUCCCACCUCAUCAACUUCAUCAGCUUCAGCAGCAACAGGAGCAACAGCAAACAGGGGAGAUGAGAGUUAGAGGACCCAUGCCUUCCUCCCAUCAGAAAGAUAUUUCAUCAGACGUCAGCUCAACCUCAUCGAAGGAUUGAGGAGCUAGAGGCCCAUAGGGCCAGUUAUUGAUGGGCCUUUUCCAUUGCUCGAAAUCUUGGUUGCAAUCCAUUGUUAAGUAGGGCACAUUUCUUCGUUUUAUUUGUUCUUUCACAUCUCUUUGAUCUCUUUAAUUAGGCGUUUCUAUAUAACAUUUAUUUCUAGGUAGUUAUAUUUAAUUGUAGUUGGAGAUUGACCUAAGAUAUAUGUAUAAUAUCAUCCGAUGUAGUUAUCUUGAAUUGUGCAAUUUUGAUCUGUUCCAUUGCCUUUAUCUGAAUGGCCCAGCUGUUGAGGCCAUAGAUAGCCAUGAGCUUACUCGAGGGAAUCAACGUUCGGCUCAUUCUCGGAUUCAUCAAUGAACUUUUCAAGUACAGGGCGAAGAGAAUCAUUAAUGGAAUCUGAUUGUCCUAGCAUUAGAUAGCCAUUACUGAUCUGAGGCUGCAGCAUCCCACAGCAUCUCUAUACUCAAUCUCGCAAACAUCGUAAUCAUUCAAAGCCUCGUCGUUUAAGGAAAACUCAUGUAUAAUCCAAUGACCAUUGCCUUGGCUUGCCCCAUCUUUCUUGCAACAAAAAAUGAAGUAUUUGUCGAAUCCUAAAAGCUGACCACUUAAUCCUUCACUUGA